UAUUGCAAGCCAACGAUCUCGAUGCGCCAACUCGGAACUGUAUGUCUGCUUUUGAACUCCGGAAGAAACACACGCCUUUACACGAUGUCGGGGGAUGAGGAAGAGGACGUGGCGACAUCGGGGGAAGAGGAAGAGGACGUGGAACUCUAUGACAAUAACAGCGGGAAUAUAGACCAGGAAUUUGAGAUCUGGAAGAAGAAAUAUGGUAAGACCUACGCUACCCCUGAAGAGGAGGCUCGUCGGAAGCAGGCCUGGCUGGAGACCAGGGUCAGGGUGACGGAGCACAACCGCAACUAUCUGGCCGGGAAGGAGACUUGGACAAUGGGGGCGAACAUGUUCGCUGACAGGAAGGUGACCAUUGUUGCUGCAGUGGUGGUGUUGGCGGGGCUGAUGGGAUGAUAGGAAUGUUCUAGCAGUGGGCAUCGGUCUCAAUGCACUGACACCUCUUCUGCUCCACCCGUCUUCUUCAUUAAAGAUGCUCUCCAUUCA